AUGCCAACUUCACAUUCACCCCGGCGCAGUCCUCGGCUUGGACAGCCAGAGACUUCCGCAGCUGCAACCACUGGAAACCAACCAGCCGGCACUCCGAGAGCCAUAACGGAUGCCGCGGCUGGCGGUAAGGUGCAGCGGGCACAAGCUCCUAAGGACAGCGGGCAAAAGGGGAAGAAACCGAGUGCAGAUCUACAGCCAGCUGGAGGAUCACGCCAAGAAUCGGUUCCCACGUCCGCACAAGUUACGGCCCUAAUGGAAAGGAUCGCAAGCUUGGAAGAGGAGCUACAAAGGGCAAGGGCAAGUGAAGGGCAUGAUGCAGCCGCCAGGAAUCCCGUUGGAAUCGGGUCGAGCGGUAAUAGAGUGAGUGAGACGGCGAAUGCGACGCCAUGUUUGAGUGGACAGAAUUUGAGUGAAAAACUUGUGACUCCAUCUUUACAUGGACAGUUGCCGCCAUAUUUGAGUGGAGAUUUGCCGCCACAACUGAGUGGACAUUUGGCAAUAGGGCAACCAGUCACGAGUAGCGCAAGUUGUACAACGGCAAGCUACUCCACGCCAAGAUGUGUAACGGCCGAACUGCAGCCAGCGCACAAUAACGUGCAAGCAUUUCGGGAGCCUCAACACAUAACCAUGGUACCCACACAGUCGGCUGGGUCCUAUGGAAUAGCAUCGCCGAGCCUAAAUGGAUGGACGCCGCACAGACUGCCUGAUCUCCCCGAGUUUGAUGGUCAGCCUGAGGAUUGGCCAAUAUUCCAAUGCGCGUUCACGGAGACAACAGCGGCGUACCAGUGUACAGCUUUAGAAAACAACCAGAGACUAGUCAAGGCCCUGAAGGGUGAAGCGCGAGCAUCCGUCAAGUCGUUGCUUAUACACCCGAGUAAUGUUCAGGCUGUAAUGGAGCAGCUACGCUCCCGAUAUGGUCGUCCGGAGCAGCUGAUACGCAGCCAGCUGGAAAACGUGCGAAGUGUGCAGCCGAUCCAGGAGCACAACAUCAGCAAGAUCGUGCACUUUUCCACACGGGUCAGCAAUCUCGCUGCGUUUCUACAGGCAACCCCGAACGGAGAGCAGCACCUAGGAAACCCCAUCCUGAUGGAGGAGCUGAUCGCCAAGCUACCGCUGAGCAAAAGGUUGGACUGGGCCAGGCAUGCCACUGGAAUAGGAUGCUUCCCCACGGUCGUACACCUCAGCGGAUGGCUGGAGGAACUCGCCAGGCUGGUGUGUACCAUAUCGGACUUCGAGAGCAAGGAACCCAAGGGAAGGGUGCUGCACGCCAGCGCAGCUGACAACCAAGUUAGGAGUUGCCCAGUGUGCGAGGGGCAACACCUUAUCAAGGAUUGCAAGGACUUCAACCAUGCGUCUCCAACUGUGCGAUUCGAUAUCGCGAAGAAGCAUCGGAUAUGUUUUUUGUGUCUGGAAAGUGGACAUAUGGCAAGGUUCUGCAAAAAAGAUGUUAGCUGCAAUGUAUAUGGAUGCCAGAGGAGGCAUCACUACCUACUUCACGAGCAACACACACGGCCACCACAGGCAUACGGUGGUCCUCGGAGGGAUCAAAUGAGCAGCCGCAACCGGGCACUGCAAACUGGCAGUGGUCGACGGAAAGGCGAGGCACACGUACCUCAGCCAGCGGCACCGAGUAGUUUCCCCACGCCACAAGCGAGUCAAGAUGCUUGGCGUGAGGAUGAGGGACGUUUGCGCAGUGGUGAUACAGAAAGACCACAUCGGAACCUAAGCUGCGUCGAGUCAGACGGUGGUCACUUACUUUUCCGUAUUCUGCCCGUGACUCUGUACGGCGAAUGCAAGCAAGUGGAUACCUACGCGCUGUUCGACGAGGGAUCUUCCGUAACCAUGAUAGAUGACGAGCUUAUUCGAAGCUUAGACCUGAAAGGUGAGAAUCGGCAGCUCAAUAUCCAAUGGUUUGGUGGCAAGUCAUCCAGCGAGCGCACCAAAAUGGUAAGCCUGCAGAUCAGUGGAGCAGGCAAGCCAAAACGCCAUGGACUAAGGAACGUGUUUGCAGUCCCAAACCUCAAUCUGCCGAUGCAAAGUCUGCGCCGAGAAGAUGUCAAGACGGCGAAGGCUGGUGCACGCCUGCCGAUGAGGCCCUACAGUAAUGCGGCCCCGAGGAUUUUGAUUGGACUGGACCAUGCACACUUGGGAAUACCUAUGAAAAAUAGGAGCCUUGGAACAGGAGGACCAUAUGCAGCCGCCACGACGCUUGGAUGGGUGGUGUUCGGGCCGGUGAAAGGACAAAUGGUCACCGACUACUUCGAAACAGAAAACUUUGGAGUAAAGCCGGCGCCACCAGUCGCAGCUAGUGGCGACGCACGGGCUUUGGGAAUACUUAACGGGACGACUAAGCGAGUGGGCCAACGAUAUCAAACCGGGCUGCUAUGGAAGGAUGACGAGGUGAGACUGCCAAACAGUUAUGACAUGGCUCUCAAGAGACUCGUCAACAUCGAACGAAAAAUGAAGCGCGACGUGGAAUUCGCGCAGGCCUACAAUAGGAUUAUGGAGGACUAUGUCAAAAAAGGGUAUGCACGACGACUAGAGCCGCAGGAAGUCACUCCAGCCAACAACGACAGGGUCUGGUAUCUGCCGCAUUUCGGGGUCGAGAAUCCAAAUAAACCUGGUAAGAUCCGACUAGUCUUCGACGCCGCAGCAAAGGUCGGCAACAUAUCCCUCAACUCAGCGCUGCUCAAAGGCCCACAGCAGUACAAGAGUCUGCCAGCCGUGCUCUUCCACUUUCGGGAAGGAGCAGUCGGGGUCUGCGCAGAUAUUAAGGAGAUGUUUCAUCAGGUUUUGAUACAGCCUCAAGACAAAUGCGCCCAGAGAUUCCUGUGGAGAAAUGGAGAUGACCAGCGGGAUCCAGAUCUGUAUGAAAUGAUGGUGAUGACGUUUGGAGCAGCUUACCCCCGCGCGGUCCUGGCCAUCAACGAGUACCAUUAUGUAGACGACUACGUAGAUAGCUUCUCAAACGAUGUCGAAGCUAUUUCUGUAUCAACCCGGAUCAAGGAAAUUCAUGCGAGUGCUGGUUUCGAUUUGUGCCGGUUCUCCUCCAGUUCGGAAGGUGUGGUCAGAGCGUUGAACCCACUAGGAUCCAGCGAGAACGUCGAGUGGACCGAAGCUGAGGAGAAGAUUCUGGGCAUGUACUGGCAGCCGGCUACUGACGACUUUAAAUUCAGUAUAAAGUACCACAGGGUACCCAGCAGCGUGAUGACAGGGCAACGUGUCCCCACCAAAAGAGAAUUCCUCAGCCUCGUUAUGUCAACAUUUGACCCGCUCGGAUUUUUGAGCUGCUACACGGUGACCGCCAAAUUGUUAAUGAUUGAAACCUGGAGGAGAUCAGUGGAAUGGGACGAGCCCCUGCCUGAUGAGCUAGCCACAGCAUUCGAGAGCUGGCGGCAGGAGAUGAACUACGUGAGAGACUUCCGGUGUCCGCGCCACUAUUUCGGCGUAGGACGAGUGCGUGAGCUACAGCUGCACAUUUUCGUGGAUUCGAGCCAAUCGGCGUUUGCCGCGGUGGCCUAUUGGAGAACCACUUAUGACGACGGCGACGUGCGGGCACAUUUCGUGUGUGCGAAAACCAAAUGUGCCCCGAUGAGGACGAUGUCGAUCCCGCGACUGGAACUCCAAGCAGCUGUAUUGGGAACCAGGCUGAUGGACACCGUAAAACAGACGCACGGUAUGACGAUCAGUGGCUGCGUUCUUUGGACUGAUUCGAAGACUGUGCUGCACUGGAUUAGCAGCACCCACCGGCGGUACAAGCAGUUUGUAGGAAACCGGGUGGCGGAGAUCUUAGAGUCCACGGAGGUGUCCCAAUGGAAAUGGAUACCAUCUGCCGAAAAUGUGGCUGAUGACGCACGAGACCGCAACGCCACGUGA